AUACAGCUGGAAGGCACUCACAGAUCGCUUGGAAGACUUAAAAGUCUUCGAGCUUCCUUUCCUCGCACAGCCACCGACAAGCACUUCUUUGAGUUCCAGUUUUUCCGAGUGCUGAGCAGAGGAGGCCACGAUCUUCUUCUCAAACCCAGCGAUCAACGUCCCCCGGUCGUCCCGAGCGACUCCGGCAACGAACCCCUCCGACGAAUCGGCUAGCCAGGACCAGGAGCCAUCGAUAUUCAUCUUCACGAAGCCCUUUCCCGGCAGCAGUGACCACGAACACGACCUUCAAUCAGCCAAGGGCGAAGGCCUAUCUUGUUCACCCACGACGGAGAGAGGUAGAGUGCUGCUAAAGCUAAAGUUCAAAAUGGGGAGCUCAGAGGCAGGAGCAUCGUCAGGAAGCGUGUAUCAAGUGUUCUUGAACUUCAGAGGACCCGACACUCGUGAUGGAUUUACUGACUUCCUCUACCAUAGCUUGACUGAUGCUGGUAUCUACGUCUUUCGAGAUGAUGAAGAGCUUCGUGUUGGUGAAAAAAUUGAUGGAGCACUCCGGAGAGCAAUCAACGACUCAAGGAUCUAUAUCCCCAUCUUCUCUCGAACCUACGCUUCGAGCCACUGGUGUCUCCAUGAGCUCAGGCAGAUUGUGGAUAACACCUCUAAGUCAAAUGGGAAUAAAGAGAUCCUACAUAUUUUCUUUGACGUGAAACCUAAUGAUGUCAAGCUGAAAACCCCAUUGUAUCGGGAUGCUAUUCUCAAUUUGGAGCGCAGGAAGAAGCAGAGCACUAAAAAAGUAGAUUCCUGGAGAGAGGCUUUGAAGGAGGUUGGUGCAAUAAAGGGUUGGGAAGCCAAGAAAUACAAAGGCCAAGGGGAACUCAUUAAGUUGGUCGUUGAAGAGGUUGUGAAGAAGUUGAAGAUAAAGCAAAAGUCUCAGGAUCGAACAUUUAAUUGGAAUCGAUAAUCAAGUGGUAGCAAUAAAAAAUUUGUUAGACGUAGGCUCUGGAGGUGGA